AUGCACAGAACAUACUCAUUGAGAUCUCAGAGAGCCCCAACGGCUGCUCAAUUGCAAUCACCUCCACCUCCAACAUCCUCAACCAAGUCAAAGUUUUUCGGUAAGGGAUCUCUUUCCCAUUCAUUCCGUAAAUCUGCUGCUGGUGCUAUGGGACCAGAAUUGGCCCGUAAGUUGGCUCAAUUGAUCAAAAUGGAGAAGAAUUUGAUGCGUUCCAUUGAAAUCACUGCUCGUGAACGUAAAGACGUUGCUAAGCAAUUGAGUGUGUGGGGUGAAUCCAACGAUGAUGAUAUCUCUGAUAUCACUGAUAAGUUGGGUGUUUUAGUGUAUGAAGUUGGUGAAUUGGAAGAUCAAUUCAUUGACAAGUAUGAUCAAUACAGAAUUACCAUCAAGUCCAUCAGAGAUAUUGAAGGUAGUGUUCAACCAUCCAGAGAACGUAAGCAAAAAAUCACUGAUCAAAUUGCUUACCUCAAGUACAAGGAUCCUCAAUCUCCAAAGAUUAACGUUUUGGAACAAGAAUUGGUUAGAGCUGAAGCUGAGUCCUUGGUUGCUGAAGCUCAAUUGUCUAACAUUACUAGAGAAAAGUUGAAGACUGCUUUCAACUAUCAAUUUGACUCUGUUAGAGAACACGCUGAAAAGAUUGCCUUAAUUGCUGGUUACGGUAAGGCUCUUUUGGAAUUGUUGGAUGAAUCUCCUGUUACUCCUGGUGAAACCAGACCUGCUUACGAUGGUUACGAAGCAUCCAAACAAAUCAUCAUUGACUGUGAAAAUGCUUUGGCUUCAUGGACCUUUGACUCUGCUGCUGUCAGACCUACUUUGUCUUUAGCUGGUCACGAAGAAGAGUACGAUGAUGACGUUGCUGAUUUGGCUGAAGAAACUGAACACUUGCACACCACCGAACAACAAUGGGAAGAAGAAAACAAGCAAACCGCUUAA